CUUCACUAUCGAGAAGCACAAGGAUGCCCUCAGCCUCUGGCAAGCUGCAAGCCUUCCCAAAACGUCGAGCGCACUCGGGUACUUGCGAUGACUUGGCUUCAUAUCUCCAAUAACUCACACACUCUCUCAGAUUUUGAAUAGACUGCUCGCUAGUAUAUGUAACGAACAUGAGCUACUCACUGUCAUAGACCGGAGACUCACCACCGGCAUCAGGUGAAAGUCACGUCACGCGCGUUUCUUUCUUGUUAUAUAACGAAACCAACACUCACAUCAGUUCCUGCAGUGAGCGGCGAGACUCCUGACCCUGACGGCCUACCAGCUCUCGACAAGAAACCAUUCUCCUACUCCGCCGCCAUCGCCAAGAUAACUGACGAAGAGAAAGAAGGUUUCUACAGGUUAUUCAUGGUUUGUGAUAAACAUAGAGAGAGCCUUGCUAGAAACGAAGGUAGCAACAUAGCACAACUGGCGCAGGUGUUCGUUAAUUCUGUAAUGAAUGAAUUCAAGAGGCAGGACCCUCGCCAGCUGUGCGCCAACAAUAGUAAACAUCUGACUUUCAUCAAGCAUCACCUUACCCGAAAUAUCAACCAGGUACUUCAGCGGUGACCCCGAAAGCAGAUCCACCGUCACCAUCCCGAUCAACCUCGUCGUCGGUUAGCAACUUGUUCCUCCCGUUAACUCCGCCAAAAACGACGACCAGCGACAACCUGACCCUCCAGCUCACACCACAGCAAGCAGCUACCCGUAGCAGCCUGCUCCUCCUAGCCUCGGAAAGGGCUUUGCCCGCCGCAUCGACACCAUCACCAUCGUGCUCCCUUCACACGCCUGCAGGUGCUGGCUGUAUGCCAUGAGAUUGGAGCUAGGAUGAGACAUACGAUAGGACUAGCGUGAACCUCUCCGGGGUUGAUUGAUCAUGUAGCAUCCGAGUAGUGUUGUUAGCCUCACUGAGACCGCGCCCUUGAUACAGCAAAAGCCAUCUCCAUCUCCUGACACUCAAGAAUAGAGCCACGAUAGUCACUCAAUGAUGUAGGUUGCACACAGGUGGCGAGUAGAUGUAGUAGUAGCGACUGUCAAUGAUUACUUUAGGGCGGUCCGGUCUUUUCUUAGCACCUUCAUAGUGAGAGAUAGCAAACUAGGCAGACAUCCCCAAUCACCAUACGACGCUGAUAGUCACCAUAGUCACCACUGUAUGGGGAGCUGCUAUCAAAACAUUUGAGUAGCUGACAGCAAUAGCUUACAUGUGUUCAAAAACUACCCAGGUAGUACGCCCGUGUGCCUCCCUAACGGAGCAGCAACUCCACGCAGCUCUGGAGAACAGAGAAGCACCUUCAGUACCCCGGCCCACGUUCUACAGCAUCACAAGCGAGACCGCAGCAAAAGUGGCCAGAAACUGCAAUCGGGGGAUUCUGUCAAGAAACCCCCAGCAAAGAAGCAGCGUGCAUGUGAUAAGAAGCAACAAGAAGAAGGUAAAGCUCAGGAUAGACCCUAGUUAUCCGUGGCUAAGAAGUAAGAAAUUAGGACGAUUUUCAACAUGAGAGUUCUGAACCUGUACCCCUAGCACGACUAUCGCCCCCAUUACACGCAGGUCCAUCCUCGCCGAGAAGCCCGAUCCAACAAGAGACACCCAUCGAAGUCUUACGCCUCCAGCGGCUAGGCAUCCCGAAAAACGAAAUAUCCAUCGCCUUAGCCGACCACUGCGACGCGACCACCCUAGUACCGACCGAGUUACUAGCGCCGGCACCGCACGAAGUUUGCGAGGCCAUCGUAGGUGACCUCAAAGCAGUACCACCACACAACGCUGAGAGGCUCCGACUACUGAAAAGUAUCGACAGCCUCGCAAAGGCGAACAAAGUUCUCGCAACGCAGAGCGAAACACUAAGAGGAGCCCUCAAAAAGGAGCGAAACGCUUCCCGGGUCUCCUUCUCCAAAGGAGCACCCGGCAUAGGUACCCUAACAAGUAGAUCUUUAAAGGAACGCUCUUAGCUCUAUUGAUAGCCUGUACGUAGAAAAUAGGACACAACACAGAGCAAGAACACCCUGAAAUCCGACGUAAUGUGCGGUAAAGGGCCUUGCAGGUAAGACUUAAUACGGAAAACUCACAAGUGACCUAAUGGGUGACCAAAAACCCACGAACAGGCCAGCAUGGACGACCGCCAGCAAAACAGCGACGCAGAAAUGCUGCCCGCCGAGCAGCGCGACUGCUCAAAGGACACUGUGGUAGAGCCCAAAGACCUGCCAGCCAGUGAACCCCCAAACCACGUGACCAAAGACGAACAAAGGGGAGACUCCUCAUCAAGCAAACGCACCAACUCGGAAACAAACAGUAAGGAGCCCAAACUCCGGAAGGUCACAACUGAACCAAAACCAUACGAAGGGAGACCGAAAUGUAUGAAGGACACACUACCGCUAGAAUUCAUCAUCGAGAGAAGUCAUGGCGACGCAACUAUAGCUAUGACUGAGUACGACUUAAUCUCUGACUUCUUCAACGAACACCCAUCCGCUACGAGUGACAGGCUAAGUUUUAAUGGGAAGACGUUCGUCCAGUGGCUCGACCUACUCUUCCAAACGAGCGACGCGAUAGCGCAAGAAAAUAACCAGCUCGCGCUCGAAAAGUGCUUCCCUAAGCGAUCAGCUGUAGGAAAGCCGUCACCUGUCCAAAAACUAAUCAUCAAAGAACCGCGAGAAUUCGCGCUGAGAGUACUCACAGCCGAACUCCUACCGGAUAAGGUCAUUAGGGAACGAUCGCCGGAGCAGGGCAGCCUCCUGGCAGACGUCCCCAGGCAAGAGUUCACCAACGUCGAAGAAGUUCGAAACGCCUACAAAUCAGCAGAACUCAGGGCAGAAGAUGUAGAGAAUUAUAUAGCAGAAGGGUGGUUCAUCGAGCCGAUCUUCUACCAACUAGUAACAGCAUACCGGUGCUCGAACAACUGCCCAAAAGCAGCAUGCUUCCUGUUCGACACACUACCGCCAAUCGUGAAGAACACAAUCCUGAAACUUCGCUACUCGCUGUACCACGCGAGAUACCAGCACCGACUCCUUCCAGAAGUGAUCUGGGACGCUAUCAUCGGUGGAACAAAAUCGCUCUCCGAGAAUACCAAGGAACGAGACAGAGGGAUCCAUCCGGACAUCCUCCAAGCAGUUGAAGCAGUCCUCCAACUCUUGCAGUGCUACCACCGGCCCGACGACGCCUUCCACUCUGGUAACUGGGAGAGUCCCCUCCCAGUGAGAUCACUGAAGGAGACGAUCAGCCAAGCCAUGGCACAACAGCAGAAUUGGGCUAUGUGCCAAAAACAAAAGCAGAAAACAUGGGCGAACUAUCAGGAGGAUAACAGCAUCAAAGAGGUCCCAGGCAUCUCGGAGCAGUAUCGCAUCUCAUGCGCAGAGUGGCCAGGCGUCGACAUGGGAUAUGCCAACUACUUUGCCUCGUCUGUAAUCGACUGUCAGAAGUGGACACCACUCAGCACAGCAGAAGACGACUCUCCAACUGAAGACUCUGACGAAUACAGCGAAAACCCAGCGAAGGACAUCCAGGACCUGCUCGCCGCCGGAAAAAUAACCCUAGAUGAGAUAAAUGGCGAGCAGCAUGAAGCAAAGCCGAAGGCGAAAACGCAGUCCGUCUCCUUUGUCUCGCCAGCCAAGCGGACACCUAAACACAAGACAGAAAAGCAAAAAGCAUCCGCAGCCAACCAGGCAAGAAUCAGGUCUGCCUUUGGUAGCCACUUCGGUCAUGAGAUCGAACCAGACUCCCCGGAAAGUCCGGAAGGAUGGGAGUACGAAGACGGAAGCGCUGACCAGUGGGAUCCUCCGACAGCAGACGGCAGAGCGCUCCAACAUGGACCAAAGUCGUCGAAAUGCCCAUGGGGUUACCCUCAUUAUGAGGACCCGCUACCUCCAAACUACAUGGCAGAAGCGUGCGGCCACGGAUCGGAGGCAGCGCUGUCACUCGUUACGGCCAUGCGUGUACUACCGCCAGGCUUGGUGGCAAAGAGUGAAAUCUAGCACAGGCAUUUACCUUAGCAAUUCUCUCCUCUCUAAUCCCUACGCGCUACACCUGUACUGCUUCAUGGCAGCCAGACCAGGCGCAGCUGAAUCAAUGCCCCGACUCCUGAGUCCGCUCGUAUUCCGAAAAGUCAGAAGGUGCGUCGACGCCAUCAUCUCAGAAGAUGAAAAUCACCUGGAAGCACCGGUAAGCACGACCAAGAGUAGCCCAGUCUUUGCACUCAUCCACAAUCAACAAGCGGCGCAAAUCGUGAAAUCAAAGAAAGAGGCACCAAUAACACUGGACACAUUUGCGGACGCACUGACCAUCCUCUCAAUCAACCAAUAUGACCCAGCAAUCAUGCUGAACAGGAAGGCGGACGAAGUAAUCAACGAACUGCACCUGACACCACACGCCACUGUCAGCCUCAGAGCCUCUCUCCGAGAAAUCAUCGAAACACUAGGAGCAUCCAGCCUGUUCACAGGAUACUCGAUACCUCCGAGCUUCUUCGGUCUCCAAUCAGAUGAACUUUCAAGGGCAGUAAAAGCAGCCGAGAAAGUACUCCAGUCAGUAGUUACGAUGCACGACCACGUCAAUGACUUCAACUCAGAAAACCACAAAAAGCUCCUCGAAGUCGCAAAAGGUGAAAGAGCUUGCCUCAUCAUGCUCUACGCUGCCAAAGUGCUCGGCAGUAACUUCCAAAAGUUUACCGAGCUCCGAGAUGCAAUGAAAUGCGUCCAAGGCUUAGGCGCAGCACUCUGGAAACUAAAGCAGACUGCUAUGAUCUCGCACUUGGCAAGUGACCUCAAGUGCGACCCAUCCAAGACAGCAAAACUCUCAAAACGGGAGAUCAUCGAUAUCCUCCGCCGCAUCAAAGACACAGCACCAGCACAGCCAGCUGAGAAAAAGGGAAAAGGAAAUGGAAAGAGCAAAGGAAAAGGAAACGCAAAAGGCAAAUCAGCGUACGGAGUCAAUGCCUACAACUACCAAGGCAAUGCCUAUGGGGGUCUGUACAAAGGAGGCGACCAUGGGAAACACAACAAAGGAAAAGGUAAGGAGAAAGGAAAAGGCAAAGGCAAAAAAGGCAGCAAGGGAGGUAUCGCGAACCUUAUUUGCAAAACAAUUGAUGUGAUAACCGAGUGCACGCCACUAACACGAAAUCAAAUACACGCUACACAUUUGUGCCCCCUCCAUCUAGCAAACCGACUCAAACUUACAGUGCUGAACGAAAGCGGAGAAUUGAUAGCACCACACUGCAAGAACGGACACGACCACACAACCACUGAAGCGCUUGCAAAAGGUGCGAAGGGAUCAGGAGCCGGAAAAAGAGACUCCUAGAGUACUUAUCGCACAUGUCAUGGCUGUGCUCCGUAUCAAGGGAUGAAAAUAAACAGAACUGAGCACGUGGAGCAUAAUACUGAAGCUAUAUUAUAAACUUAGCUAUCUUGAAAUAGGCCAUCAACUUUAUAAUCUCCAUAAUCAAAAUCCUCAGCAUGUGCGGGGCCGCCGAUACCUCGGGGCAGAAGUGGCACACAGAGCACAGUGUUCCCAGGAGCAGGACGGCCGCUAGGUGUGCGGUUGACACCUUACUGCACAGAAUGUGGUAGAGCUGUGGUUCACUGUGCAUACUGUGGAGCUGGACCAGGUGCACCCGAGAAGGCAAGCACCAACCAGCACACGCCAGUGGGGGCAAAGUCUUGCUGUCAGCAAGGCACUCCCUCGUUCCAGUGAGACCGGGGUGAUACCAACCAAGAUGAGAUAAAUUCUAAUCAUCUUGGCAGUCGUUCUUUCCUGCAAAAUUUUAGCAGAAUACAUGAAGAAAGGAGCUGCCCUCUUUAGCAGAAACUACAUUCCGAAGGAUAUUGAAAUUAAUAAGAACGCAAAUGACGUCCUUGAAAUUAAUAGGGGAAAACUCUACAGCAGUCGCAUAUAAUACGCACAACACGAUGUGCC